UUCCAUAUAUACCCGCUUACAGAUCCAUCGAGCGUUCUUGUGUUCGUCACUCGAGCUUUCCUUCCUUCCAUCCAUGGCGACGGCGUUACUGAACUGCUCAGAGAUCCAACUCGCCCAGUUCUUAGGCCCAAACUCCACUGAUGCCGCCGCCUACAUCUGCUCCCAAUUCUCUACCAUAUCCAAUGCCUACAAGGACACCUCAUACGCCAUUGACUCCACUUACCUCCUCUUCUCCGCCUAUCUUGUCUUCUCUAUGCAACUCGGCUUUGCCAUGCUCUGCGCUGGCUCUGUCCGUGCCAAAAACACCAUGAAUAUCAUGCUUACCAACGUCCUCGACGCCGCCGCCGGUGGCCUCUUCUAUUACCUAUUCGGCUUUGCCUUUGCCUUUGGAGCCCCCUCCAAUGGCUUCAUCGGCCGCCAUAACUUUGGCCUCAAAUCCUUCCCCACUGAAAACUUCGAUUACAGUUACUUUCUCUAUCAAUGGGCGUUUGCGAUCGCUGCUGCAGGGAUCACGAGUGGUUCGAUUGCGGAGAGGACUCAGUUCGUGGCGUAUUUGAUUUACUCUUCGUUCUUGACCGGAUUCGUUUACCCGGUUGUUUCUCACUGGUUCUGGUCUGGUGAUGGAUGGGCUAGUGCGGCGAAAACAAGCGGUAGCCUCUUGUUUGGAUCGGGUGUUAUUGAUUUCGCGGGGUCGGGUGUGGUCCAUAUGGUGGGAGGGAUUGCGGGUCUUUGGGGCGCCCUAAUUGAAGGACCUAGAAUUGGACGGUUUGACCACAGUGGCCGAGCGAUUGCUCUUCGUGGACACAGUGCUUCCUUAGUUGUUCUAGGCACUUUCUUGCUUUGGUUCGGGUGGUUCGGGUUUAACCCGGGUUCGUUUGUGAAGAUCCUGAGUCCGUACGAGUCCGGUUCCUAUUAUGGUCAGUGGAGCGCGGUUGGUAGAACCGCUGUCACAACAACACUGGCAGGAUGUACUGCCGCUUUAACCACACUUUUCGGAAAACGUAUCCUCUCAGGUCACUGGAACGUCACCGACGUCUGUAACGGCCUCCUCGGCGGGUUCGCGGCAAUAACCGCCGGGUGCUCCGUGGUGGAGCCGUGGGCUGCGAUUAUAUGCGGGUUCGUAGCUUCUUUGGUGCUAAUUGGAUGCAAUAAAUUAGCAGAGAAGACGAAGUUCGAUGAUCCAUUGGAGGCGGCGCAACUUCACGGCGGGUGUGGGAUAUGGGGCGUUAUAUUCACCGCGUUGUUCGCCACUGAGAAGUAUGUAAAUGAAGUAUACCCGAAUAAACCGGGCCGUCCAUACGGGUUGUUCAUGGGAGGUGGCGGAAGGCUAUUGGCUGCUCACGUGAUCCAGAUUUUAGUGAUUAUUGGGUGGGUCAGUGCCACCAUGGGUACUCUGUUUUUCAUCCUUCACAAGUUGAAGCUGCUGCGGAUCUCGGGGGAGGACGAGAUGUCGGGUAUGGAUAUGACCCGACAUGGUGGAUUCGCUUAUAUAUACCAUGAAGAGGACACCCAUAAAAAUGGUAUCCAAUUGAGUAAAGUUGAAUCCAGAACUUCGACUCCCCCAGCAGUUUAGGGAUAAAUUAGUAAUUUCAGAAUAUGAUCAGAAAAAUCAUUUGGGGUUGGUGGUUUUGUGGUGUAAAAUAUUGGAUGUUAUUUUGUGGCGGAAAUGCUUUUGUUUUGAUUAUUCUACAGAUGACUUUUUGCUUGGUGUGUGAUUGGAAUAUUGGAUUACUUAUUCAUGUGUUUUGACAUUUUGUUUUUUUCUGGUUUUUUUCUCCCCUAGAGAAAUGUAAAGAAAUCAUUCAAAUGUGUGUUUGUUUCACAAGUUUUUUUUUUUAGUAAUUUAAAUUUAGUUGAAAUCCUUCA